AUGGAAUUUCUCACGCUUAUGAUUUGGGGUGUGGAAGAUGGGGUGCCAUUUAUUCCGGAGCCUGCGCAACCUGAGCCUGAAUUAGUUAUUGCUGACGAAGAAACGGAGCUACACCAGAAAUUGGGGAAGAAGAGAUUAAGGAAGGAAAGGAGGAGCAAAAGCCCCCUACACCCGCAUUUGGUGUUCCUGUUGAAGUAA